AUGGCCAGGCCCCCCCAUCAUCUCAAAGUAAAAGUCCAAUACCCCAGCGAGUGCUUCACCCCUUUCCCAGACAACCACCCGGACUAUCGGAGCGUCUUUUCAGACAUUGUCCUCAUCCUGCGCGCCCGGUUCCCCUCAUUGCGGCGGGUCCGCUUCGCGGCCUUCUGGCUCCGGCACUACACAUACACCGUACAUGUCGAUCCGGAGCGGAGCGAGGAGUUCGACGAUAUCUGGCACAUCGACUGCGUGGAAGAGCGGGCAUUCCAAAUCGAUCGCGCUCCCACUCCUAUCUCCUCCCCACUCUCGCUCUCUCCGGACUACUACACUGCACGGUACCGUUUCGACGUCCGCUUCGACGCAUACGACGAGCGGGAUACUACCAGCUCCGAGCCUAGUUGGGUUGGGGAACAGGAGCAUGUCGACUCGGACGGGAGCUCGGCGGGUCGAACCCACUCGGACAAGUCCGAGCUCUGGGUGGCGGCCAUGAAGGAGGCAGAGGGAUUUGAGGGGCUGUACAGGGUGGCGGACUUUGGGAUGCUCUCACUCGCGCUGAGCGAUAUAGGCGAGAUCGCUCAGCGUCAAACCUCGUCGGGACAUCCAGUGGCGGAUCGGCUUCGGACCAUCACGGCGGGCAAUAUCGCACCGUACGAGGUCUACGACUUUGGGCUGUUCGCCAGCGUGGUGUCUGCCUCGCUUACCUCCCUCAAGCUUGGUACCGACUCGUUCGAGCGCGUUCAAAUCACCUUCGCGGACCUUUUUCCGCCAUAUUCGCCAUCAUCAAGUCGGACCUCCCCCUCCUUCGAGACCUCACCCUCGCGGUUGGAGGAAUUGCAGACGCCGAAGCGGUAUCUGCGAGAUCAAACGGCUGUUCGUCGAUACCACCUCGCAACGGCUGACUUUACCGCAAUGGGACUGCUGAGACCACAUGACCUGCUCAUGCUGGAGUAUGACGCCGAAGAUAGACCAAAAUUUGAUAGGGAGAGGGGAGAUCUUGUCGGGUGGGAGCGAGGAGAUCGAGAAGGCGAUCAAGGAUUUUCACCUAUCGCUUCGACAUCGUCAAACUUGGCUGCUACAGCCGGCAGCAUCUCAGCGGCUACUGCAGUGUUUGAUAACCCAGACACGCGAAAGCAGAUAUGGGAUUUCCUGGAUCGGGCGGAUUGGGUGGUGUUGAUGAGGGUGUCGAAGGAGGGAUUGGUGGAAAGUGUGAGGAGGGUGUAUCGGUCUAUGGAGUGUGAUCGUGUGUUGAAGAUGAAUAAGGCAAAUAUUGACGAGGAGCGGAAAGCGCUAUACUUCGGCGCUAUCGUCGAAAUCGACGCCCUUAUCAUGAAGUCCCUUCCUCCCCACCUCGACGCGAAAGUCGUCUAUCCUACGGAUGGCGAUUAUCCCAACCCGAACAAACAGCUUCUGGACCACCGAGGCGUCUUUGAGGACGUCGUACACUUGCUCCGCGGUCUUUGCCCCUCCCUGAGGCGCGUCCAUUUCGGAGCGCUCUUCCCUACACCAUACGGGCUCCCCAACUCAGGGGGCCAAUACUCGGCUACCGAAUAUUGGUAUAAGUGGAACGUCCAUCUGUACCCGGCAGCGGCGCCCAAGGAAGGGAUCUGCUUCGUCGAUUGCCUCACCAAGGCGGUAGUAGCGUGCGAUCGUCCACCCGCUGUCAUACCGUGUCCGAUCCCACCUUCGCCCAAUUAUACACUUCGGCAUCGGUUUGACGUCACAGUCGGCGGCGUUCCUAUCCCCAUAUCCGCCGAACAACCGGCCUUCGGCCACCCGGACUACAUGGCCGAUCAUCUGAGGGUGAUGAAAGCGCCCUCGCAGUCCUCCGGCCUUCAUCAGAUACUGAAUUUCGGUCUUUACCAUAUCAGCCUGGGCGACCUACAGGAAAUUGUAACUGCUCAAAUCCAGGCCGGAUAUCCCGUCAUGGAGAGACUUAGCCAAGUCUCGGCAUCUAGCACCCCCUACGACGUGCACGACUUCAACACAUUCGCCACCAUUGCCUCUGCCAGCUUGGUCCGCUUCUGCGUCUCAGCCCCGGUAGAGACCACUGGGAUCACCUUCAAAAACCUUCCGGAGGUAUUCGGGACGAUACGCGCCUCUCUCCCCAACUUGCGCCAGCUCGUUCUCGCCGUUGGUGGGAUCCAGGAAGCAGACGCGUUGUACGAAGACCUUUUGACCAGCGACAUACUCAGCAGGCGGGGGCAGCUGAAUCUCAUCCGCAUUGAUACCGAGGUCAGCGCGGGAUGUCCGCUUUUUGCCCUGCUAAGGUACCUCCGUCAAUACGUCGAGGAGGCGGAGUUGCCGGAUGUGGAGAUACGUACCUGGGACUACAACGAAAAGUGGCAAUCUUAUCAUCAGCGGAACAUGUUGGAGUACCUGCGGAGUCAAACACCCGAGCGGCGGCACCACCUCUCGACGGUAUCAUUCCCCAGCAUCGGUGUAUAUGACCCCAUUUCGGUAUUGUCGCUCGCGUACGACGAUGACGGUCGACCAUAUCUCAUCUUCUUCCUCACCGACCACAUCUCCGCAUCAACUGUCAACAUGCCGCCCCGCUCGAGCCAGCCACGAGCAUCCGCCGCGAGCUCAGAAUGGAGCUCAAUGCCCCGCUCGGCAGCGCGAGACGUCCUCCUAAUUCCGGAGCUACGGCAGAAUGUCUUCCGCCAGCUGGACAAGCCGGCUCUUCUGGCUUGUCUCUUGCUCCGGAAGGAGAUCCUGUUUGACGUGGCGAGGGAGCUCUAUCAUACGAUGCCGUAUGAUUUGGUCAAGAAGAAGAUGAGCACGGCGACGCCUAGGCAGCGAGCCUAUUGCGCAGGCGUCAAAGUUAUCAAGGUUGACAAGUUUGCAUUCACCCCCGCCAUCUUGCGUGACCUAAAAACCGGCCGCGAAGCUCUACCUGCAUCCGUUAACAAAACGGACCGUCACUAUAACGGCGGCUACUAUCCUGAGAUACCGGCAGUCCUGCUGGCCUCGGUAGCUCGGAAGUGCCCCAAUCUGCGGAGCAUGGUCUUUUGCGAGAGUGAGCCUUGGUCAUGGGUGCUCUACGUCGCUCCGGCCAUCCAGGCACUUUCUGCGCUCGCUACCUCCUUGACGCCGGGUCAGGAGGUGAUCGGACACAUCGACGUCACCCAGCCCUUCACAUACUGGCUCGGCCUUCACACAACAAGCGCUUCUCCUCCCGCGCCUUCCGUCCCUCCUUCCGGAUACACGAUCAAUACGUAUUAUGACCUCAGAGUCUACAUCUCGGACGGGUUCCGGCCCCCUGUCCCCCAAGUCCAGCAACUCCUUCUUGCGCUGAGGGAGGAGCCUUGCUGGGCCACAUGUGGUCGGAACGCUAGGUUCGGUCAAUUGUCUAUCGACCUCGCGGACAUCACUGCCCUCUGUCAACGGCAGAUUGACUCGGGUAAUUUCCGCCGGAUCGAGAACAUCUCUGCUGGCCGGGUGAACAGCUGGGAUGUCGACGCCUUUCGCUCAUUUGCGUCCGUGGCAUCCUCGCUGGUAUCACUGGACUUAGUGGGCGAGACCGCCAAUUUCGACUCCAGGCGGGUCGGAAUCGGUUUCACGGACAUCCCGGAUCUGGUCUCGACUAUCCGCUCCUGCUUGCCAUGCUUGGCCACGCUCAAGCUUGCAGUACGAGGCGUCGAUUCUGCGGAGGCCGAUCUGAGGCGGUCUUUGUCGGACACAUCUCUAGAUUCGGGCGGGACAAUCAAACUACUCCACAUCCUUACCGCUCCCCAUUCCUCUCCCCUCCUUUCCACUAUCCGCGUUCUCUCUGGCAUCUGCGCGUCUACGGCCGAAAUCCGCCUUCCGCACGCUAUCGACGAGACUCCUACUCGGGCGUCUAAAAAGUCAAUCUGGACGUCCGGUUGUGCCGCGGUCAAGGCUAGGCAGGAGAAGGAGCCGACAGAGUAUCUGCGCUAUCUGAGAUCCCGAGAUGAGAGCAAGAUGGUGGGAUGGACAAGGCAGGCAAAAAGCGCAGAGUGGUUGGUCGGAAAGGCCAGGCUGGCCGAGCUGGCGGAUGGUGUGCGGGAGAGUAUUGAAGCGGCGAAGCAGAUGGAGCUUCUCACGACCGAAGGUGAACCGGCGGCGUUGCUCAGAGAGGGGCAGAAGCUGUUGUCGGCGAUGAGAAAUGUGCGCCUGGCUGGGGAUCUGCUGCAGUCUGCGAUGGGCGGGAGGGCGACGGAGGCGGAGCUGGAAGAGUAUGUGAAGAAACUGGAGGAUAUGACGGAGAUGAAGGAGGGUGCGGGGUACGUUUAUUCUCUUCCUGUGCUAGUCAAGAUUGCAGCUGAUCAGCCAGCUUCAUCCACUCUUCAUCCUAUCUUCAUACCAUCUCGAACGGCUCAUAGCAUGCCGCCUGGCCAGAGCGCAACACUUAACACGGCGGACGCCCCCGGGAGCAGUGGCAUAGCCCAGCGAUCUGCCAGCAGGGAGGUAUGGAAUAUCGCGGAGGUGCGCGGCCGCAUCCUGCGGUUGCUCGAGAAACCCGAGCUGGCGGUGAUGAUGCGGGUGGAGAAGAAGGCGGUAUAUGAUGUAGCGAGGGAACUGUACGCGACGGUCACGUAUAGCAAGGCUAAAAACAACAUGAGCGUGUCCACACUCCGUCAAAGAACCUACUGCUCAGCGGUGACCGCGGUGGACUGUCGAGGUCUUCUCCUCACUCCCAAGGUGUUGAAAAGCAUCACGUACGGGCACCAGAAGAUACCUUACUUCGGCGGUGGCUCUCCCGACCUGAUCAAAUCCUUCCUCUCGGUCUACCGACCGGAAAUCCUGGAGAUCAUCAUCCCUCCCCUCGUCAAAAAGCUGCCAAACCUGCGGACGCUGGUGUGCGGGGCCGAAGCCAAAUACCAGAACUCAUCGCAGACAAGUUGGACCGUCCAUCUCAAGCCCCCUCGCGUCUCGUCAUCGUCCGUUCCUCCGGCGGUGCCUGCAGGCGGUGAACUCGGCCAUAUCGAUCUCAUCGAAUCCCUCAAUCGCUCAUUCCCUUCCGAACCUCCUUCCCGUUGGUCGGCGGCAUCGUCCGCUCCUGCUGGAUAUACCAUUCGCCAUUAUACCAAUCUCCGCCUCUACAUCCCUCAUACGGCGGGUCGGAGAUACACACCCGAGCCUGAGCUGGUAGACCGGUGGUUGACUGCUUUCCGGGAGCAGCCUAACUUCGACCAGCUCGGGACGGCUAUCCGUCUGAGUCGUAUCCCAGUCAGUCUGGGCGAUCUUACAGGACUGUGUCGUCGCCAGUCCGAAUCCGGCGGGAGUCAGCGUCUCGAGGAGAUUGAAGCCACUCACACUCUUCCCUUCGACCUCCCAACCUUUACUACCUUCGCCAUCACUGCUUCCUCAUCCCUACGCAUCCUUCGUCUCCAUAGCGGCAAGUUCUUGGGCGUCGCGGACUCGGACAUGCGUUUGACAUUCGCCGACCUCGGUGGCUUGGUCACGGUGAUUCGCCAACACCUACCACUCCUCGACGAUCUGUGUAUAGCCAUCGGCGGUAUAGGGGAUGCCGAGCGUCACUGCGCAAAGAUGCUGUCAGAGGGAUCGCUCGAGGGAGGCGGCUCGGUGAGGAAGUGUAGGAUCGUGACUUCGCUUCAUGAUCCUCCGCUCUUGAAUACCGUGAGGACCAUAGCGCGCAUCUGUGCGCCCAAAGCUGAAGUCCUGUUCCCUCACGUGUACCAUUGGAGGACUCCGGCAAUGGCUGGGGAGGCGAGAAAGAGGCUAGGGGAGGGGCAGGAAAUGGCUCAUGCAGACUUUUUGCACUACCUACAACUACAACCGGCGAAUGUUCGUCGACAUCUCGCCAUAGUCGAUUUCGCCAUGCUGGGCAUCAAAACCUACGCUGAAGUCUCCGCCCUCACAUUCGACGCGGACGGUCGACCACACAGUCCGCUGCAGGAACCGCCUAAAGCAUGGGCCAUGGACGCCCAGUCGGUUUCGUCAUACAUGAACCAGACUGGCAUACCUCAAAUCGCAGCUCGGAUCUCCGAAUAUGUCACGGCGUCGGCCAGACUCGAGUCGUUGCCGAGUACAGUCGGGGCGGCGGAGCGUCUGCAGGAAGCCGAGCGGGUACUGGCUGCUGCGCAUCUGAUGGAAGAGGCUGGGCGGGUUGUGGGAGACCUGCUGGGUGGUGGGAACAGGCUCGGGCUGAUUCGGGAGCAUAUGGAUACGCUGAGAGCGAUUGCUGGACCAGACUACUUUCUCAAUCAAACCAGUCAACUUCGGGCAUUUGCGUCGACUGUUGACGGGACGCGUUUAUUCUCCAAUGUCGCCUCUCAGACCCAUCCCGAGCAGCCACCCCCAGCCUGA